AUGCCCCUACUCAAUCGCCUCGUCAAUCUUGCUGUGCUCGGGGUCUCUGCAAUUCCACCUGUGCUAUCCUUCCAGCCCGGCUUUAGCUACGGUUCUGAAAAAGUACGAGGUGUUAGUCUUGGCGGCUGGCUUGUCCUGGAGCCUUGGAUCACCCCAAGUAUUUUCGAAAAUACUGGCAAUAAUAAUAUCGUCGAUGAGUGGACCUUCGGCGAGUACCAGGACUACGACACCGCGAAGGCGGUUUUACAAGAUCAUUGGAAUUCUUGGAUUACUGAAUCUGACUUUGAAGCCAUUGCAGCAGCAGGCUUGAACCAUGUCCGUCUCCCAAUCGGUUACUGGGCAUUUGAAGUUGGUGCAGGAGAGCCAUACAUAACUGGCCAACUAGACUAUAUGAAGAGUGCCAUUACCUGGGCGUCGAACUAUGGCCUCAAGCUCGUUAUCGACCUGCAUGGUGCCCCUGGUAGCCAGAACGGUUAUGAUAAUUCUGGUCAAAGAAUGUCAUAUCCGACAUGGCAUUCGAACCAGACCAACGUUGAUAGGACAGAUUCAAUUAUCAAGACGAUUAUUUCUAUAGUCGACUCAGAGUACGAAACAGUGCCUACCAUUGGACCAUUGAAUGAACCUGCAGGAUAUGACGGUGAUGACGUGCUCGAGGUCGUGAAACAAUAUUGGUAUGACUCAUACCCUUACGGUUCAUCAACGGAAAGUAAUACUGUUGAACUCAUUCAUGAUGCGUUCCAAUCUCGCAGUUACUGGGAUGGCUUCAUGACCGACGGAUACGACGGCGUCGCAAUGGACACUCAUAUCUACCAGAUGUUCUCAGACGAGGUCGCCUACAACUAUUCCCAGCACAUCGAGGAGGCGUGCAGUCAAGGGUCAAACCUCGCCAGCUAUGACUUGUGGGUAAUCGUCGGUGAAUGGACCCCCGCGUCGACGGACUGCGCCACAUGGUUGAAUGGUCGCGGCACUGGAGCACGCUAUGAUGGAAGCAUGUCAGGCUCCUCCUAUGUCGGCAGCUGUACAGGCAAAUCGGGCAACGCUACGUCAUUCAGCUCAGAUUACAAGACCUUCAUGCGCCAGUACUGGGAAGCUCAGGUCAUCUCCUACGAGAAAGGUGAUGGAUGGAUUCAAUGGACCUGGAAGGCUGAGAAUGCAGAUGACUGGAGUUACCAGGCUGGGUUGAAGUAUGGAUGGAUACCGCAAGACCCCACUGAUUUGGAGUACCCGAACAUCUGCGAUUGA